GAGAGGAUUUUGAUUUGAAAAAUGUCGGUUAGCGACAGAACCUUUAAGGUGGAUUUCUCGCAAAUCCCAAGAAAGCCCACACGCACGGAAAUUUUUAGCUUCCUUACGGACAAGCUAAGCCUAAAACCGGAAAAGCUGGAAAUGGUACAAUUCCUGAACCUUUCCACAUCUGUGGUGGUGGAGAUGAAAGAGGAGGGCGAUGCUCUCUUAAUAGUGGAGGUGCAUGAUAGAAAGCACACCAUCACGUGUAACGGUCGGGAUCACGCGAUCCCAAUCACAAUGGAGGACGACACCAAAGUCGUAACCAUACAGGAGGUAUCCGCCAAGGUGACUAACGCGGAUAUUAUAUCAGCUUUGGAGGCCUUCGGAGAGGUGAAGGGGGCAAAGGACCUCCUCUGGGAGGAGCCUACGCCUUUCCCAGGCGUAAGAAACGGCAACAGAGCGGUGAAAAUGUUAAUUAACAGGCCCAUUCCAUCAUACAUCACCAUAAAGGGUGAGCGGGGUAGGAUCACAUACCGCGGGCAGGAACAAACCUGCAUGUACUGCGAUCAAAUGGUCCAUUACGGUGUUUCCUGCACACAAAACAGGAAAAAUAACAGCCAAAAGGCAUCAGGUGUCAACCAGCGCCUAUACUCGGCAAUAGUACAGGGCAACCACACUACGGCCAAAGAGGGCUCAACAGAAAAAGUGGUAACCACAAAAAGUGUCCCCACCCAAGUGGGUACAAUUACUAGAAAAAAAUCCAUUGACGAACCAGGCUGCAGCAAAGCACUGGAACGCAUAGACUACGGUAAAAGUGUCUCGAACACUAUGACACUUAACAAAAGAGCAAUGUCCGACAGCUCCUAUCCAGACACAGACGAGGAAAAAGCAGGGGUCUCCCAGCAUGAUUUUAAAAAGCCACACAAAAAAAGCACCAAAACGAACGAACGUAGCAUACUAUAAACUGCCAAACAGCCCCUAGGACCCCGAUUCAAGACUUCAAAGACACCAUUACGCAAAUAAUACACAAUACAAACAACAGGAAAUGCCUAAUAGCCGCAGACCUCAACUCGCAUCACACCUCAUGGGGAAACCCUUGGAGCGACAAUUAAGGUACGUUUAUAAUUAACGAAAUAGACAAUACUCAACUAACAAUUUUGCACAACAAAGAACCUACAUACAUCCCCACAGACUUAAACAAAAGAAAUACAGCAAUAGACUUAACAUUCGUAACAGAAAACAUAACCGAUAAAUGCACAAGGGUAGUACUAGAUCACCACAUGGGAGCCACCAAUCACAAAACAAUUAUCACAACUAUAGAAACAAUCAAUCACAAACAAGCCCGACUAAUAACAAACAGGAAAAAACUUUACCAUGAAUUAAAACAAAUGGAAAUAGAGGAACACACCUCAGUGAAACAAAUUUUCCAGAAAAUAGACACACUAGUAAAAGGAAACACCUCUAAAUCAAAAAAACCACUAAAAAUCUGGUGGAAUAGAGAAACGGAAAAAGCUUGGAAGGUAAAAAACAAAAGUAGACAAAUUUUCAAUAGAAACAAAACAAUAGAGAACGAAAUUGAAUUCAAGAAAAAUCUAGCUAAAUUCAGACUAAUUAAAAGAAAACACAAAAUCCAAAAAUAUGAAGAGAAACUUAGCGAGAUAAACAAUUACACUAACACCACAGAAUUAUGGAGAUUUAUAGGAAAAAUCGAAGGCAAAAAAACAAACACAAAAGAUGAAAAUCUCAUCCACAACAACAAAGAGGCAGCAAAAACAUUUUUAGAAGAAAAUUUUCAAAAAAAUAAGAAAGGGAACAAAAAACCUUAUCAAUAUGCUAGGCCAUUAAACAAUAUCAUGGACGAAGAAAGAUGGCAUAACAUUCUAAAAAAAAAGAAAAAUACAGCCCCAGGGCCUGACAAAAUCUCCUACGAAAUUCUGAAAAAUAUAAAUAGACCAUCGGUCAGUAAAAUAGUAAAGGAGAUAAAUAACAUGUGGGAAAAAGGAAAUUUAAAAAAGCAAUACAAACACAUAGAAAUAGUGGCGAUCCCCAAACCAGGGGCUGAUAGAAACAACGCUAAAAACUAUAGGCCCAUAGCUAUGAUUCCGGCUAUCACUAAAAUCAUAAAUUCAGCAGUGUUAGAAGACCUCAACAGACACUGUCACAACAACAACAUUAUACCAACAACUUCUUUUGGCUUCAAAAAAAACUGUACCACAAACCAAUGCGUCAACUAUUUAGUGAAUGAAAUUACAUCCAACAAAAGAAAAAACUGGUUAACUGGAAUAAUGUUUAUAGAUUUAAAAAGCGCGUACAACAACGUACACACAGACUCGCUCAUACAAAUUUUGGAGCAAAACCAGAUUCCGAUAGAAAUCAUUAGAUGGGUAGGAAGUUUCUUAAACAACAGAACGAUAGAAAUAAAAUCAGAAGGAGAAAAGCUAAAAAAAUUAGUGUCAGACGGUUUACCACAAGGGGAUGUCCUCUCACCCACCUUAUUUAACAUCUACACCAAAAAAAUCCACGAAACACUCAACAAUAGCGACGGAAAAGUUUUACAGUAUGCGGACGAUUUCGUAAUCAUUCAAAAAGGGAAAACAGCCACAGAACUGGAAUAUAAGAUGCAAACAGCGAUCAAUAGUUUUUCAAAUACAAUCCAGGGACUAAAGCUUCCAAUUAACAUAGACAAAACAAAAUUUAUGAUCUUCAGCAAGAAACCCCAAAACAUCACUAUACAAAUAAGAAACCAGCGAAUAGAAAAAGUUACAGUUUACAAAUAUCUCGGAGUGUGGAUUGAUGGCAACCUAUUUUUCAAAAAACAUGUAGAAGAACUCAAGGAUAAAGCUAGAAAAAGAUUACAGUUAGUGAGAAGGAUAUGUAACACCAAAAACAACCUCAGCCCUACGAAAACCAUUACUGUACACAGAGCCAUUAUAAGGAACAUUUUGGAAACUGGCUCCCUGUACACUCUAAAUGCAAAAAAAAA